AGGGCCGGAUCGCGUCGUGACCCCCCACCUGGCCGGACUGCCCACCGCGCAGGACAAGCCCCGCCUCCACAAGAGGGCGCGGUGCAGGCCCUCCUGACAUUUGGCACCUCUCUCCCGCAGGUGGAGCCACAGAGCAGGUGUGUUCUCACACCUGAGCCCCUGCCACCCACCUGCCUGUGCUCCUCACUAGGCAACACCCCUCCCCGCCCAGGCCCACCCCAGGCUCAGCGCUUGCUCCUGCGCUGCCCCACCCCCACUGCGCCUGACCGAAAGGCCGCCGGCUUCCAAUGCCAGCUCCACCCCUGGAUGUCUGCCUCCGUGUGGGCUCACCCCUGCCUGCCUCUGCCACCUGCACCCCUGCCCACCUAGCUGCUCAAGCGAAGUCCGAAGCGUUGUGUAAGAUGUCCCCUGUUCAUCAGCAGACGUCCCUCCGCCCCGGCAAUCUGCUGUAGGUCCUUCCCGCUGCCUUUGUGGCCACCACCCAGUCCUGGCACUACACCUCUGCCUGGGGCCCUUUCAAAACCAAGGGCAGCGAAGCAGCUCCGUGUGGCGCCAGGGUGGUGGGCGCCUGCCAUCACGCGCUCGUCCACACCCACGGGACGUGCACCACCAAGGGUGACCCUGCCGUGGACUCGGGGCAAUGACGACGCAUCAGCUCCAGCAGGGGGUCAGUGGAGCAAGGCCUGAGCUACAACUUCACCCAUCUGGAUGGGUUCCUGGAUCUUCUCCGAGAGAACCAGCUCCUCCCAGGCUUUGAGCUGAUGGGCAGCCCCUCCAAACGCUUCACCGACUUUGAGGACAAGCAGCAGGUGUUUGAGUGGAAGGAGCUGGUCUCCCUCCUGGCCAGGAGAUACGUUGACAGGUACGGACUCUCCCACGUUUCCAAGUGGAACUUCGAGACGUGGAACGAGCCAGACCACCACGACUUUGACAACGUGUCCAUGACCUUGCAAGGCUUCCUGAACUACUACGACGCCUGCUCCGAAGGCCUGCGAGCCGUCAGCCCCGCUCUGCGCCUGGGCGGCCCUGGGGACUCCUUCCACCCCUGGCCACGCUCCCCGCUGUGCUGGGGCCUCCUGGGCCACUGUCACAACGGCACCAACUUCUUCACGGGAGAGUUGGGCGUGCGGCUGGACUACAUCUCCCUCCACAAGAAGGGCGCGGGCAGUUCCAUCUACAUCCUGGAGCAGGAGCAGGCGGCCGUGCAACAGAUCCAGCGGCUCUUCCCCAAGUUCGCCGACACCCCCAUUUACAACGACGAAGCUGACCCGCUAGUGGGCUGGUCCCUGCCGCAGCCUUGGAGGGCCGACGUGACCUACGCGGCCCUGGUGGUGAAGGUCAUUGCGCAGCACCAGAACCUGCUGGUGGCCAACACCAGCUCCCCCGUGCUCUACGCGCUCCUGAGCAACGACAACGCCUUCCUGAGUUACCACCCGCACCCCUUCACGCAGCGCACGCUCACGGCGCGCUUCCAGGUCAACAACACCCGCCCGCCGCACGUGCAGCUGCUGCGCAAGCCGGUGCUCACCGCCAUGGCGCUGCUGGCCCUGCUGGACGGCGAGCAGCUCUGGGCCGAGGUGUGGCAGGGCGGGACGCUGUUGGACAGCAACCACACGGUGGGCGUGCUGGCCAGCGCGCACCACCCGGCCGGCCCCGCUGACGCCUGGCGCGCCACGGUGCUGGUCUACGCGAGCGACGACACGCGCACCCACCCCAACCGCAGCAUCGCCUUGACCCUGCGCCUGCACGGGGUGCCCCCGGGGCCGGGCCUCGUCUACGUCACACUCUACCUGGACAACCGGUUCUGCAGCCCUCACGGCGAGUGGCAGCGCCUCGGCCGGCCCGUCUUCCCCUCGGCAGAGGAGUUCCGGCACAUGCGCGCAGCCGAGGACCCGGUGGCCACGGCGCCGCGCCCCUUCCUUGCCAGCGGCCGCCUGACGCUUCAGCCGGAGCUCCGACUGCCCUCACUCCUGCUGGUGCACGUGUGCGCACGCCCAGAGAAGCCGCCAGGCCAGGUGACCCAGCUCCGGGCUCUGCCCCUGACCAGUGGGCAGGUGCUCUUGGUCUGGUCAGAUGAGCAUGUGGUCUCCAAGUGCCUGUGGACGUAUGAGGUCCAGUUCUCUGCAGGUGGUGAGGGGUACGCUCCCGUCAGCAGGAAGCCGUCGACCUUUAACCUCUUUGUGUUCAGCCCAGACACAGCUGUCACAUCUGGCUCCUACCGGGUUCGAGCGGUGGACUACUGGGCCCGACCAGGCCCCUUCUCGAACCCUGUGCAGUACGUGGAGGUCCCUGCCCCGUGAGGGCUGCCGCUGCCCAGUGACUGUGAGCUGGAGCUGACCGGUGACCCCGGGCGGCCAGGAGCUGAGGCGGGCUGGACCACCGCCGGCCAUCACUUGGCUCUGUUCACCUUGUCCUGUGACUUGCUCGCCUCCUUAAAGUGCCUUUCCGCUCAUCA